CCGCCGGCCGCCGCCACCGCCAUGCUGCAGAAGCAGGAGAAGGUGCUGCUGCUGCGGACCUUCCAGGGCCGGACCCUGCGGCUGGUGCGCGAGCACUACCUGCGGCCCUGCGUGCCUUGCAGCAGUCCGCUGUGCCCGCAGCCCGCCGCCUGCCGCAACGAUGGCAAACUUCUGUCGAGUGACCUGACUCAUUACAUGAUCCCUGACUGGAAAGUCGUGCAAGAUUACCUGGAGAUCCUGGAGUUCCCAGAGCUGAAGGGGAUCAUCUUCAUGCACACAGCCUGCCAGGCAGUGCAGCAUCAGAGAGGCCGCAGGCAGUAUAACAAGCUGCGGAGCCUGCUGCGGGAUGCACGCCGGGACUGCGUUCUCUUCGCUAAUGAGUUCCAGCAAUCCUGCUACGUCCCGCGGGAACGAGGAGAGGCCAUGGAGAAGUGGCAGACCAGGAGUAUCUACCACGCGGCCGUCUGGUACUAUCACCACUGCCAGGACCGGAUGCCGAUUGUUAUGGUGACGGAGGAUGAAGAGGCGAUUCAGCAGUACGGGAGUGAAACCGAGGGGCUGUUUGUGAUUUCCUUCAAGAAUUACCUGGACAAUUUCUGGCCCGAUUUGAAGGCUGCGCAUGAGCUCUGUGAGUCCAUUCUUCAGUCCCGGCGGGAGCGGGAGCACGAGGGGCAGGAGAGCCACGGCAAGGAGUACCCCGAGCACCUGCCCGCCGAGGUCUUGGAGGCCGGCAUCAAGUCCGGACGCUACAUCCAGGGAAUUUUGAAUGUCAACAAGCAUAGAGCACAAAUAGAAGCUUUUGUUCGACUUCAAGGAGCCAGCAGUAAAGAUUCAGGUUUGGUCAGCGACAUCCUGAUCCACGGCAUGAAAGCAAGGAAUCGCUCCAUCCACGGAGACGUGGUGGCUGUGGAGCUGCUUCCUCAGAGUGAGUGGAAGGGAAGGACGGCGGCCCUGUGCGAGAACGACGGCGAGGACAAGGCCUCGGGCGAGGUGCCCAGUGAGCCCAUGCCCACAGGCAGAGUGGUGGGCAUCCUGCAGAAGAACUGGCGGGAUUAUGUGGUGACCUUCCCAUCCAGAGAAGAGGUCCAGUCCCAGGGCAAAAACGCUCAGAAAAUCCUCGUCACACCUUGGGAUUACAGAAUUCCCAAAAUUCGAAUCAGCACCCAGCAAGCAGGAACGCUCCAGGACUUCAGGGUGGUCGUGCGCAUCGAUUCCUGGGAGGCCACAUCCCUGCACCCUAACGGACAUUUUGUGCGCGUGUUAGGAAGGAUCGGUGACCUGGAAGGGGAAAUCGCCACCAUCCUGGUGGAAAACACCAUCUCCGUGGUUCCGUUUUCAGAAGCUCAGAUGUGUGAGAUACCCGUGAACACCCCAGAAAACCCCUGGAAAGUGAGUCCCGAAGAAGAGCGAGUACGCAGAGACCUGCGGAAAACGCACCUGGUGUUCAGCAUCGACCCCCAGGGCUGCGAGGACGUGGACGACGCGCUCUCAGUUCGGACCCUGAGGAGCGGGAACCUGGAGCUGGGCGUCCACAUCGCCGACGUGACCCACUUUGUGGCAGCAAACUCUUAUAUUGAUGUCGAGGCCAGAACGAGGGCCACCACCUACUACUUAGCCGACCGCCGCUACGACAUGCUGCCCUCGGUGCUCAGUGCGGACCUGUGCUCCCUCCUGGGUGGCGUGGACAGGUACGCCGUGAGUGUCAUGUGGGAGCUGGACAAGACUUCGUAUGAGAUCCAGAAGGUGUGGUACGGCCGCACCAUCAUUCGGUCCGCGUACAAACUGUCCUACGAGGUGGCGCAGGAGCUCCUAGAUGGGAACAGCCGCGCGGUGGACAACAUCCCAGAGCUCCAGCAGCUGGAUGAGAAGAGCAAGCAGGAGCGGCUCGAGGGGCUGGCGGAGGCCAUCAGCAUGCUGACUGCCAUUGCCCGGUACGUCCGCGCCCAGCGCGCCCACCGCGGGGCUCUGGAGCUGGAGGGGGUCGAGGUGCACGUGCAGCUGGACGGCAAGAAGAACAUCCACGACCUGGUCCCCCGGCAGCCCCUGGAGGUGCAUGAGACCGUGGCCGAGUGCAUGAUCCUGGCCAACCACUGGGUGGCCAAGAAGAUCUGGGAGAGCUUCCCCCAGCAGGCCCUGCUGCGCCAGCACCCGCCUCCACACCAGGAGUUCUUCGCUGAGCUCCGGGAAUGCGCGAAGGCAAAAGGCUUCUGCAUAGACACACGGUCCAAUAAAACACUGGCUGAUUCCCUGGAUAACGCCAAUGACCCAGACGACCCCAUCGUCAACAGGCUGCUCCGGUCUAUGGCUACGCAGGCCAUGUCCAACGCUCUAUAUUUCUCUACAGGAUCAUGUGCAGAGGAUGAAUUCCAUCAUUAUGGUCUUGCAUUAGAUAAAUACACGCACUUUACUUCUCCAAUAAGAAGAUAUUCGGAUAUUAUAGUACACCGGUUGUUACUGGCUGCCAUUUCAAAAGAUGAGAAAAUGGAAAUUAAGGAAAAGUUGUUCAACAACAAAGACCUUGAGGAAUUAUGCAGACAUAUCAACAAUAGAAAUAGAGCAGCACAGCACGCCCAGAAGCAGUCCACGGAGCUCUUCCAGUGCAUGUAUUUCAGAGACAAAGACCCGGAAACCGAGCAGCGCUGCAUCUCUGACGGGGUGAUCUACUCUAUCAGGACCAAUGGCGUGCUUUUAUUCAUACCAAGGUAUGGCAUUAAAGGUGCUGCUUAUCUAAAAAAUAAAGAUGGCUUAGUGAUCUCCUGUGGUCCAGACAGCCAGUCUGAAUGGAAACCAGGAUCCCUUCAACGGUGUCAAAACAAAAUCACCUCUACCACCACAGGAGGGGAGUCUGUCACCUUCCAUCUGUUUGACCAUGUAACAGUGAAAAUAUCUGUCCAUGCUUCCCGCUGCCAUUCGGAUUCCAUCAGGCUGGAAAUCGUCAGCAACAAGCCGUACGUGAGCCCAGAGACGGAACCUUCUCAUCAGAGCGCCCUCCUGCUCAAGAGUGAGCUGGUGAAAGAAGUAACGAGGUCUGUGGAAGAAGCUCAGCUCGCCCAGGAAGUGAAGCGCAGCCUCAUCCAGGACGAGUACCAAGAGUACUGCCAGAGCAAGGGCAAGAACCUGUACACCCUGCUCGAGGAGAUCCGCGACCUGGCGCUCCUGGACGUGUCCGACAGUUUUGGGACAUGAGAUACCGUCCUUACUUUAUUA